GUUUAGGUAGGUAUUGUCAGGUAUUGUUUAGAAGUCGUUGAUUGUUAUUAUGUUAUUUUGAAUUUUGUUCUGAGUUCUGAACUUUAAAAAAUAAUUUACCCAGAUUAUUUUCAUUAUUUUUGUUUUCGAUAAUCGACAUUUCGUGGUUACUGAUUUUGGCUUUCUAUUAAUGUGGGACCGCAACCGUAUGGGGCUUCCUGUAAAGUUUCCUGCAUCCCUACAAUAAUUUCAGCAUAAAUAUGAGUUCUCAGAAAAAGGGAGCCAGACCUCUGCAAGAUUCCCAAUCAACAACUGCUCUAGAUCAUGAUGAGGAUUUAGGCACUGCCAGUAAACGCGUUAAAUCUAAUGACUCUACAAACGACAUGCCAUCUUUAAGACGCAAAAAUUUUAUCAAAGCUUGUGAGCUUGUCUCACAAAAAGCUUAUUUAAAUUAUGCUGAGCGCCUACAGCUAAUUGAUAUGCCAGUUUGUGUGGAUAGAAGCUCUUGUAUGCAUACGUCUUCCACUAUUCCUACCAUAAAGGAGAUUCCACUGAAAGUAACAAAGUUGAUAGAAUUUGAAAUUGAAGCAAGCAACUGGUUUGGUGCACUGGAAGUCUGUAUAGUCUCCAUCUCACAUAACCAGUAUCUAUCCAAUGUUGUACUCAAAGAUGUAGUUGAGAUAAUGCUGAAUGCACAUGAAGAUCUUUCAUCCGGAUACACAAUUUCACAGGUGAUAGAGAAAUGUAAAUUGGUAUUGUCAUUGCAUUUUAGUACACACUGCCCAUGCUUACACAACAACAUACGAGAUGUCUAUACCAACUUUCUAACAUCACCAAUGGACAAAAAAGAAAAAACAAGAAGUAACAGGAAAGACUUUGGAAGUGAAAAAGGAAUUGUAAAUUUUUGCUUGACUAGAUUAGAGCACGAAUUGGAGCCUCACAGCACAGACAGUGCUUUAUUAGACAGAACUGAAAACACACCUGAAGUUUUGAGACAAACCAUCAAAGGAUCGUUUUACCAAAAAGAACAGUUCAAUAUUUUCGAAAUGCUUGAUCGUACUGAGAGAAUAAACAGACUAAUGGCUGUACUGCAUAGUAUCAUAGAGUUGUUGCAAUUUGACCUUGCUAUUUGGCAGUCCAUUGGAAAUUCUGACAACAAGAAAUUUCGGGGGAAACAAAUUCUUAUGGCAAGCGUUUUACAGCAAUACAAUGAAUACAAUAAUUGCUUUGUUACAAAUAUCUGUCAGCGAAUAUUAAGACUAUUCGUUUAUUUCGUGCACUUAGAGUAUCCUGAAGAACAUAUAAAAACGAUGACUCUUUGGCUUAAUGCUACAAUGGAAUAUUUUUAUAUGAAUGAAGAGUACUCAAAUAUGGAUUACCCUAGCCCUGGCAGAGUCUGUAAAGGGGUUACAAAUGAAUUAUAUGACAUCAUCAAAGAGCUACCUUCAAAAUCAGUUUUAAAUAUACUGGAAAGAAUAAAACCAGCAUAUUUAAGGCACCAGUUAUGUAAUUACUAUUCAAAAACUUUGUUAUCAAUAUCAUCUGAUAAACAAGAGACAUUUAAUAUUUUAAUUGACGUCUUGAAAGAGGCCAAAUGGAAUGACUUUCCCAGCAAUGAAAAUGACUUGAUAAUGCUAAAAAAAAUUAAUGUGAAAAGAGUAAAACCAAAUAAGGUUUUAAAAAAUCUAUCAAUGAUUUGCAACAAUUCGCCUAUGAAUUCAAGUGAUAAUAACAGUGUAUUAUAUCCGAAAUUGUAUCCCACUACAGACGACAGUAAGAUAGACCAAUGCUUUAUAAUUUACACACUGUAUAUUACAUUACAAUCUUAUUUGGAGGCAUAUGGAAUACAAAGCGUUCAAGAAACAUUAAAAAGAUUAAACGAAAAUUUGCUCCAAGCUGGUACAUCACAAGACAUAAAUAGCAACCCACUCCUUAAACACAAAUCGUAUUCUGUAACAGAAACUUUUUUAAAGAAAUACAGACAGAUUUUUGAGAUGCUUAAAGAAUUUAUAGUGACACUAAAUCAAACAGAGAUUAGAAAUAACCUACCAGAAGCAUUUAAUAUUUUUUACAACCUAUUAAAUUAAGUUAUAUUAACAUAUUAAAUUAAGUGUUUUAACAGCGAUAUAAGAUAUGUUCCAUAGACGCGGCGCGAGGGUAACGACGAGUUCCAUCGAACACCGGUGUCCGCCUCCUGUAAAUCGUAAUCCGCUUUAAAAUUAAAGUUGCGCGACAACUCUAAAAUAAUAUUAUUAUUCACGUCACUCAAUUGAUUAAGUAUAGGGCUUCAGUACCUAGGUAUAGUCUGUUCUAAACUUAUCGAAACUGAGUGUGUUUAGAAGAUUAGGAUCGACAAGAGCGCCGACACAGAUGUCAACUGGAACAUAACUACUGUUACUAUGAAUCGCCGCAUCUAGUAUAUUUCUAAUACAGUAGACUCGAUUUACUGGACUAAUUGUUGUCGUAAGGCAUUCGGAUAAUCGAAAAUCCGGAUAGUUCAAUGUAUGAAGAAAAGCGAUUUUUGUACAUACAACACAAUGUUAGGUCUUAAUCAUCUUUAAUUUAGUUUAAAAUAUUUGGUAAUUGUCAUUUGGCGUAAACAAUUUAUUGGUCGGUUGGCAAUCCGGAUAGUCGCGAAUCCGUAUGACUGAGGUCCGGAUAAUCGAGUCUACUGUUAAUAAUUUAUUUAUUAAUUUUUAAUAAGUUCUAUAGUUCGCGACAGGUACGCAUGGCAAUCGGGGUAUGAGGUGGAGGGAUGUCCCGCACAGCGCCCGCGCUUCCCGCACUAGCUUAGCGCGGGAGCUGGGCGUUCAGACUCCGAUUGCCAUGUCGUCCUGUCGCGAACUAUACACACUUAUUCAUACAAAAUGACUUACGGC